AUGGCAAAGAAUCCAGAGUUAGUGAAACAUCUAUCGAGCGACGUCGAUGGCUUCACGCACCAUGCCGAAGACAUCACUGCCGAUCGGGAGCCCUAUGGUCCUCCCGGUCUCCGCGGCCUGGUGAGCAGUCCGUUUGUGCUCCUGUGUGCGGCGUGCUCGACGCUGGGUGGGUUGAUCUUUGGUUAUGAUCAAGGUGUGGUGUCGGUAAUCUUGGUGAUGGACCAAUUCCUCGGCGAGUUUCCUCGCAUCUCGGAAAGCGGUUUCUGGAAGGGUCUAUUGACUGCCAUGAUUGAGCUUGGUGCCUUCGUCGGUGCUUUGAACCAAGGUUGGAUUGCCGACAAGAUCUCUCGUCGGUACUCGAUUAUCGUUGCGGUCAUUAUCUUCACCAUCGGCUCAAUCCUGCAGACAGCUGCCGUGGAGUAUUCCAUGUUGACUGUGGCUCGGUUGAUUGGCGGUAUCGGAAUUGGCAUGCUGUCCAUGGUGGCUCCUCUGUACAUCUCAGAGAUCAAGUGUCGAGGAACUUUGCUGGUUCUGGAAGAAUGGUGUAUCGUGCUGGGCAUUGUGAUCGCAUACUGGACCACUUACGGAACCCGCUAUAUGGCCGGGGAAUGGUCCUGGCGUCUUCCUUUCCUCCUGCAAAUGAUUCCCGGCUUCAUUCUUCUCGCGGGCGUGAUUGCCCUGCCAUUUUCUCCCCGCUGGCUAGCCUCGAAAGGUCGCAAUGAAGAAGCAUUGAAAAGCCUCUGCAAAUUGCGCAAUCUGCCGCCUACUGACAGACGUAUUCGGCAAGAGUACUUGGACAUCCAAGCCGAGGUGAAGUUUCACCAGGAAAUGAAUGCUGAAAAGCACCCCAACCUUCAAAGUGGGAGUAUCAAGGACUCCUUCCUUCUAGAAAUGGCUUCCUGGGCCGAUUGCUUCAGAAAGGGAUGCUGGCGCCGAACCCAUAUCGGUGUCAUGAUCAGCUUCUUCCAGCAGUUCGUCGGAAUCAACGCCCUGAUCUACUACUCUCCCUCCCUUUUCGCCAACAUGGGCCUGGACAACAGCAUGCAGCUUGUCAUGUCCGGCGUUCUCAAUGUCUUACAAUUGGUCGGUGUUACAAGUAGUAUCUUCACGAUGGAUAUCAUCGGACGGCGCAAGCUUCUGAUGGGUGGCUCUGCACUCAUGACUCUAUCCCACGUCAUUAUUGCCGCUCUGGUCGCCGUCUACAGCCACAACCACUGGGAAGGCCAUUCUGCCCAAGGAUGGGUGAGCGCUGCAUUUCUGCUAUUCUACAUGAUUUCAUUCGGGGCCACGUGGGGUCCUAUUCCCUGGGCCUUGCCAUCCGAGAUUUUCCCCUCUUCGCUGCGUGCCAAGGGUGUUGCUCUGUCUACCUGCUCGAAUUGGCUCAACAACUUCAUCAUCGGUCUUAUCACGCCUCCCUUGGUCGAUGGAACGAACUACGGUGCAUAUAUCUUCUUCGCCGUCUUCUGUUUCUUGUCCGGGGUUUGGACUUUCUUCUUCGUCCCUGAAACCAAAGGGCGCACACUGGAGCAGAUGGACCACGUCUUCAAGGACAACUCCUCUGAGUAUGAGCGGGAAAGACGCACAGCGAUUGAAGCUGAGCUGAUUGAAAGAGAGAUUCUUGGUGGGAACCCUGGUUCGGAGCAUGCCACAGUCUAA